UAAGAUGGCGGCGUUUUAUUAUUGAUUUUGACAGCAAGUUUUCGUCAUGAAGUUAUCAGUUGAUAGCACGCUUCUCUCCACAUUAAUUGUUUGCUUAUCUUUUUUAAUAUGUGUUAAAAGUAAUGAGGGUGAAAAUAGUAAAGAAUGGUUUAAAAUUGAGGGUAAAGUUCAAGCUCCAGAUGCCUGGGCUAAGUUGAAUCCAGACUGGAAAUUGCAUACAGAUGUAUUAAUAGACGGUGGCGAAUAUAGAGCGUUUCUUAGGGAUGAUGCCUCAUUUUCAGUCAGUGUGCCGAGUGGUUCAUAUGUUGUGGAAGUGUCCAACCCAUCCAUUUACUAUGAACCUGUAAGAGUGGAUAUUAAUUCUAAAGGGAAGUUUCGGGCCAGAAGAAUUAAUCAUGUUCAGCCCAGCGCUGUUAGUCAGAUUACUUAUCCCUUGAAGUUUAAACCUGGAAUGCCUUAUCGUUAUUUCCAGCAAAGGGAGCAAUGGAGAGUCACUGAUCUCCUCUUCUCCCCUAUGGUCCUGAUGAUGUUCCUUCCAUUGAUUCUCAUAUUCAUUUUGCCUAAAAUGAUGAAUGAUCCAGAAACGAGAAAGGAAAUGGAAAACAUCCAAAUGCCUAAAUAUGAGAUGCCUGAGAUGAGUGAGAUGCUGACAUCGCUAUUUGGAGGUGGCGAUGCCGCCAAAAAGACAACGAAAAGCAGUGGCAGCAAGCAGGGCGUGGUCAAACGCAAAUAACAUGAAGAAUAUCAGUCAUGUAAAAAAAAAAAAAUAACAAUAAAAGCUAAACAAAUUCAAUAAAAAAAAGCAAUUGUGAAUGAAAAUAUAGUGUGAGAAGGG